AAUUCCUAGAAGGCCCAGAAAGCACAUGUGCUAAUUUAAUUUUCAACCACAAGAAAGGGUCCUGCCAAAGCCUUCCGUCUGCCCCUGAGAAGCCUGUGGGGGGGGAAGGGAGAGACACGGGCAGUGACGGGGAGAGGAAAAGGGGGGACCCCUGGGAUAGCAGGUGGUUCUACACAUCCCAGCGCCGAGGUGGGGCGGGGAGGAGAGGAGACAUCUCCGUGUCACGUGACUUCCUCCGAACCCGGUCAGGAAGCUGGGCCUGCCCUCCCGGCGUCACGUGCCCCUCCUGGUUGGGGGCAGGGUGAGGCUGGCGGUCCCGGUGGCUCGUUUCUGCGCUCUGCGCCUGCGCGCCGCUUCGCCUGCUGCUCCCUCACCUUGGUGGCGGCUUGCCUGAUUCCCCUCCUGCGGGGGGAGCCUAGGCCCCGAAGUCCGCUGCGAUGGGGGUCAGUCACCCGGUAAAAAAAAUUCCCAUAUGAAGAAGAAAGACUUUCUUCAAUAUGAUGGAUUCAGAAGCUCAUGAAAAGAGGCGAAAAAUCCUGUCUCCUCCACAGCAGGAUAUAUCACCUCAAACUGUUAAUGAGUUUAAGCAUUACCUUUGUGGCUGCUGUGCAGCCUUUAACAACAUAGCAAUCACAUAUCCCAUUCAGAAGAUCCUUUUUCGGCAACAGCUGUAUGGACUUAAAACUCGAGGUGCAAUACUUCAGUUACAGAAGGAGGGAUUGCGAAAUUUGUACAGAGGAAUUCUGCCUCCAUUAAUGCAGAAGACCACAACAUUAGCACUUAUGUUUGGUCUCUAUGAAGAUUUCUCUUCCAUUCUCCGCCAGCAUAUCAGUUCUGAAAUUGUAACUCGAAAUGCGGCAGCUGCUCUGGCUGGUGCAACAGAGGCACUUCUUACACCACUGGAACGCGUACAAACAUUGCUGCAAGACAACAAGCAUCAUGAUAAAUUUGGAAACACUUAUCAUGCUCUCAAGGCUUUGAGAUCCUAUGGAAUUGGAGAAUAUUAUCGAGGUUUGAUACCCAUUCUUUUCCGUAAUGGCCUCAGCAAUGUACUAUUUUUUGGCCUUCGAGGACCCAUCAAAGAACAUUUGCCUGAAGCAAAAUCUUGUAGCGCUCAUUUGAUUGAUGAUUUUAUCAGUGGAGGUUUAUUAGGUGCCAUGUUGGGAUUCUUGUUUUUUCCAGUGAAUGUUGUCAAAACUCGAAUGCAGUCUCAGAUUGGUGGGGAAUUUCAGUCUUUCCCCAAGGUUUUUGGAAAAAUCUGGCUAGAGCGUAAUGGGAAAUUGACACAUCUUUUCAGAGGCGCCCAUCUGAAUUACCAUCGAUCCCUCAUAUCCUGGGGCAUAAUCAAUGCAACUUAUGAGUUCAUGUUAAAGCUUUUAUGAAAGAUGUCAUUAAUAAAUCCCAGUAAUAAGCUCAGUAGAACUUCCAAGAAGACUUCAGUUAUACCCUGGUGAACAGGCUGAAUACUAGACAGUGUCAUAACUCAAACUGAGCAAGAUGAAACAUGAGCAAAGUAAUUUUUCUUUGGGAUAAAAAAUGAGAAUAAAGGUUUAUGGGUAGCAAAGUUAAAAUUAUUUUUAUCAGUACUUGCUAGGUCUAGAAUUUUGUUAUCAUUAAUUACCAUCAGUGUUGAUGGAAAGGUUCAAAGUCCAAGAUGAGAUUUUUUUUUUAAUGUAAAUUCUUUGAACCAUCUGUAUUAAAACUUGAGCUGCCAUGAACAGCUAGAGAAAAGAGCCCUAAUGUCCUGUGAUUUCUCAGGCAUUUUGUGCUUUUCUCUCUUGUUUACUCUCUAGAGCUGUAGAAAAGAGUCUUUAGUUUUGCAAAACAGAGAAGAGAAGCAGCUCUGUUAGAUAUGGGCUUUUCGUGAAAACUGCCUACCUUUACUGUAAAGCCAAAUGUGUACAGUCACCAAAACUGUGUUGCUCUUAAGUCACAUAGGAUUUUAUUUGUGGUGAUGGAACUGAGCAACUUUUAUUCGCAAAAUAACUUCCUGUUCUGAAAGACUCUAAAUUAACAAUUAUAAGCUCUAGUUCUUUUCUAGAUGUAAUUCUCUUUAUUUAAUUGAUCCAAGAUUUAUGUUGAACCCUUCUUGAAUAACUUCAGGUGUUGAUUUAUUCUUUUUAAAGUUAAUUUCAUCACAAAAAUGAGGAAACUUGAAUCCGUUUGUCCUUUGAAGCAAAAAUUUUCAUUCCAUUCUCACAUGGCAUAAAACUAUGUUUCAUUGAAUUAGUGCUUCAUCAGCAAAGGUGUUUUGUUUCCUUGCAUAGUCAAAGUUAGGUAAUUUGAAAUUCCACUAACUCUAUAUCCCUUCUUCCUCCCUCCCUCCCUUAAAAAGAAGCCGCUUUAUUUAGUUGUUACUUCAUCUCCACCUGAGGUAUGUGUCCUGGCUUUGCAAAAGUUCGUUAUUUUGUAGCCUAUGCUUUCUCUGGUUUCUGAACAUAAAGGAACAAACCUGAAGUCUUGCUUUCUUUUAGACUAGCUAAUUUUUGCAUUCACUUAGUAAAUUUGUGUUGGGACCCAAAUUUUAGAUUAUCUUCAUAAACCAUAAAACUCAUUCAAGUCUUAAACUCCUGAGUAAGACUUUGGAAUUUUAGCAUUUGAUGCUAACGAGAUUAUCUUGAUAGCUAGUAGAUAAACAAAUUGGAAAUAUCAUUUACUGAAGAAAUGGGAUUUAAACCUUUUUUUUUUCUUCAGGUAAAUAACAUGGUUGAAAUGACUGACAUAAAUCAGAAUUUUACAAACAUCCUGAGAAAAUUAUUUUACCUAUAAAAGAGCUAUUAAAUAUUAUUUAACUAAAAUAGGUUGGUUUUAAAUACCUUACAUCAGUGACUUUUCAACUUAGAACUGCUGCCUCCUUUUUUAUAGGAAUGAUAAAUGGAUGUUGUAAAGCAAUUUAAUGUCCUAACCUUGCCAUACAAAUGUUUUAAUAAUCUGUGAGAUUCUGUGCUUAAAAUCAAGGCUUUAACCAGUGGCAGUUUCCUAAGUGUUGCAUGGAAUUAAUUAGUGAAAAGUCCGGAAAGAAUACAUGCUUCUAAAUGCAGUAUAUGACUGGCUGAACUAGUGAAUUUUGACAUCUUCUCUCCAACUAUAUGAGAUGAGAAUCUAGAAAACACCAUUUUUUGAAAAUUGCUUUAUAUAACAGCAUUAACAGCUGUAAAGCAGCUCCAUUUUGUUAUGCUGUAAAUGAAAAGGUAUCUUACAAACUAGCAUUAAGGAUAUUAUUAACACUAUUCAGGGUUAAAUGUUACCAUUUCAAAUCACCAAAUAUGUGUGUAUGGCAACCUAAAGUUUAAUAAAUGGAAGACGAUUUGAGCAAAUUGAGUGGAACUUUUCAGAGUUUAAAAUUUUAAAAAAUAUAUGAGGUAGUCCUUGACUUUGGUCAAGUUUUCAGACAAAACCUUUGGAAAUGUUCCCAAAUACUCACACUUAUGUAUGCAUGCAUUGUAAAUUAUUUCCCCCUCCAUUGUACAUUGGUCUGCUGAAUUGACUAUAUUGUCUUUAUUCCAUCAUGGCCUACUCCUGUGUUUACACUCCAGUUGGUAGAAGUUGUGUUCUUUUGCACUUUUGUAGACUAUAACUGAAACUAGAAUUUGGGGAGAAUGCCUAGUUUUCCCUCUCUAAAAAUGUGUUUAGUUUUGCUUUGUUCUUUUUUUAAAAUAAACAAGUUGGGUCAUGAGAUAGUAUUUUUAAUGCUCCUAACUCUGAUGCUAUUUUGGAUUUCCUUGUCACUUUUCUACAGCAUGUGAAAGCCAGAAUGAAGAUGGUUUUGCAUCACACUCUAGACAUCUUAAAUUUGACAAAAGAUUGAAUGAUACCUGUGUGGAUCAUUUAGCCAUCUGCUUUGUUCUGGACUUUAAAAGAAAGAAGUAAUAGUAGGCUGGGCAAGAAGUGUUAAUCACUGAAUUUUCAACUUCAUUAUAACUGGCUUGCUGUAAGACUUUUGAAAAGGUAAAUGUUGAUUGAAUAACUUUCUUUGAAAAGCUUUUAAAGUGGUCUUUGUGUCACCCCAUUGUCUACUUGUGAACAUGGGGGUGCUUUUGGUUUUGCCUUUUUGUGCUACUUAGUUUACAGUUUUUGUAUACAGUCCCAUGUGCCCUCAAUAUAGUAAAACACAGCCUUUGUAUGUUAACAACUUCUGUUGCGUCUUUACUUAUUUUAUUUAGAGGUGGCAAGAAAAAUGGCCUUAUGAAUAUAAUCAGCAUUCAUCUUACCUAAAGUAAUAUAAUAUUGUGAACAGUGCUGUAAAAUGGGAUAGUGUGGAUGGAGAACUAAAAUUCCUGUUUAGAUUAUUAUUGUAAUACUUGUAUUACAAUGCACCAUAGUAGAAAGAUAAGUGUAAGAAAAAGAAAGGGCAUAUUAAUAAAAUUGGGCUUCAUGGUAAACCAAUCAUGUUUAAAAAGUAGAGUCAGUAUAGGUGAAAUUAUGUACUGUGUGGUAUCCAGUCAUGAAGUAAAAUUUGCAGUAAAAGGGAAUGCAGAAAGCACAUGGAUCCAGUUUUGCUUUUUAACUUCAAUAAAAGGUAUCUCCAUUUGUUUUCUGAUGAAGAGGAAAGUAUUAUGUAUAUUUUAGGAACUUGAAAAUUUUCUCUCAUCUUAAUUUUUAAAGAUUAAAUAAUCUUGUUUUUAAAUUCUGUCCUUUGGUUAUUUAAAAUACCCUAAAUUGAAUACUUGGCAAAUAGCACACCCUGUUUUCUUAUGCAUUGCAUUAAAACUAUUUUCAUUUGAUAUAUGGAAUUUAGUGAUUUUAUGAAUUUAUAAGUGAAGCCUGUUAAAAUGUCUGAUUUUUCUUUGUUAACAUUUGGUGUAAUGUAUUUGUCAGUCUUCCCUCUUUGGUCUUCUGUAGGUUAGUGCAUUAUUCUUUGGCCCAUUUUUUUCCUGGGUCAAGUGACAUAAUUAUAUAAAACUUUUAGAUUAUUUUGGAUUACAUGGAGGCUGCAGAUCCUUUGCCAUUUCAUUUGUGUCUCUUAACCUAAAUCAACUUUUAUCAUCACAUAUUUAUUCAUUGCUUUACUGUAAUAUUUCCAUUCUCUAUUUCCAUGUUGUUCCUUCGUUAUAGAACUUUCCAUUCAUGUUAACAGAUCAGGUUGCAUCCUUCUACCUUUUUUUUGUACAUUAUGCCAAAAUUUUACCUGAAGACCUUUAAGUAUAAUAAUAGCUCCUCUAUCAAGCAUCAGACAAUAGUUCCUCAAGUUAAUUUCCACAUACCUGAAGCUUACUGCUAUAAGCACUAAAACUUUCUAAAUUAUUGGAAUGUGUUAUGUAGAUGCCCAUUUUCUUAAAUAGAAGAUACUAGAGGGAAUUAACCUUUUUUUGAAGGCUGAGUCAUUAUUGUAGUCUGUGCUGUGAUAGAGCUCUUGUUGCCUAUUUAGGUGUAUACCGUUUUUCAAGCCUAUGUUAUACCCUCAAGCGUUGUGCUUUUUUGAGUUCUUCUGUCUCUCCGUCUGAUAAUUUUUGACUGUUUCAUUGUUUUCAACUUUCACUUCAGCAUUCUACAGUUUGGACAUCUGGGAAACCAUUUAACCAGAUUUGUUUUAAUUCUAGAUAAAUUAGAAAUCAGCUCUAAGCAAGUACCUGAGUUCUCAGAUGAGUGAAGAUCACACGCUUUAAUGUAGUAAGCCUGACCAGCCAACAGCAGCUGUCAACUGAGUCGUGUUUUGCUGUGUUCUGUAUAGAUUGCUGGCUCCCUCUUUAUGGGAAUGAUGACAUGGCUGUGGAGCUAUUAAAUGUCCUGUCCUUGCCAUUCGAAUGUUUUAAUACAGUAUGUGAAUCUAGGUAUAAAAUCCAGGCCUCAGUAGAUGAAUAGUUUACUAACAGCUGCACAAAGUCUGGAAAGGAUAUGUCCUAAAUGCAGUGACUGGUUGAACCAGAGAAUAUGACAUCCUCGCAUAAAGAAUGAAAAUCUGGAAAACACCUUUUUAAAAAAUUGCUAGUAGUAUCAUUAAUGCAGCUCAGUCUUGUCAUGCUAGAAAUAAAAAAGUAUCUCAUAAACUAGCACAGUCUAUUAUGAAUAUUGUUUGGAAUUAAACGCUAACAUUUGAAGUUGCCACAUAAAUGAAUUGUUUCUAUAUAGUGGGGUACUUUAAAAAAACAAGUUAUACCUUGUUUUAACUAAAACUUUAGAGAAUUAAAGUAGGAAGUUGUUUUAUGUAAUGAAAAACCUUGAAUUUGACAUUUUUUCAGGGUGGGAGGAUAUCAUAAAUUAGAUGGCAGCACCUAUUGAUAAAAUAAGACGUAGUCAAAGAAAUAGGGUAGCCAAGGUCUGUGAGAUUUAGGUGCCCAGUUAUUUACCAGGCAUGAAAGAGAGUCCUCUGAUCAUGGAUGGGAUAUGGGAGAUAUCCCACAGUUGAAAAAGUGCUUCUGUACAUUUCUAGCAGGCUACAGUGUUUAGUGCAACAAAAAUUUUAGAAUCAACAAAUUGUUAAAAAAAAAAAAGAAAGAAAGAAAAAAUUCAGAUAAUGCAUCUGAUUUUGCAGAGGGAAGUCAGUAUAAAAGGAUUUAUUUUAAUCAAUCUGAUUAGUAAACAGUCUUCCAUAAAAUGAGACACACAUGCCCAAGAAAAUUACUUGUGACAUUAUCAGGUCAUAUUUGACUCUUAUUGGCAGAUUGGAACCAAAGUGUCUUAGGAAAUCUGGUUAACCUAGUGCUUAUGAUGGGAUCUUUCUCUCUAAUCUCUGUAAAAAAAAAAACUGACCUUUACGCUGUAAAAUGUUUACUGACUUGAGAUAUUUAAUUUUAGAAGUGUCCUGAAGCCAGAAUGAGAAUUUACGGGUAUUUUAUUUUUCUUAGGUUCUUUUACACCUCCUGUGCCAAUCUCUCAGACUCAUAUCUGACCAAAAGUGGAUAGAAAAGUGUGGACAAGAUGGAGUGGAUUGUACCACCCAGCUUCCUGAAGGCACUCUUAGCAAAUUUGCAGAUGACAAAAAAUUGGGAGGAAUACUCAGAAUGACAUACUAAAGAUCUAAAAAGGUGACCACAUGCUAGAGUAGUGGGCUGAAAGUAACGUGAAACUUCAUAGGGAUAAACAAACAUGACACUGAAGAAAACAAUCUAGAUCAGCUAGAUUAAAUUUAUAGUGGGGUCUGUGCUUAAGGCAAAUUUGAAGGUGCUGUCAAGUCUCAAGAUUCAUGAAAGUGUCUUGGAAAAAAUAUUUGUCCUGACCGGAGGCAUCUAGGGUGUUACAAUAUUCUGCCUGUAAUCAGGAAGACCUGACCUCGAAUUUAGCCUUAGACAUUAAGCUAAAGGACCCUGGACAAGUCACUUAGCCUGUAUGCCUCAGUUUCCUCAACUGUAAAAUGGGAAUCAUAAUAGAACCUACUUCUUAAGGUUGUUGGGAGGAUCAAAUGACAUUUCUAAAGCAUUUUGCAAACUUUAAAGUUUAAAUCUUUAAAUGCUAGGAUGUUAAAAAGGUGAAAAGAACGUCAGUAGUUAUCCACAUACCCACUUUACCAUCUCUACAAACAUUAUAUAAGGAUAAUCCGUAUACACAUUGACAACACUCUUAAGGUUUAAGAAAGGAACAGGAAGACUUUUGUAAACUUUUAUAGAAUGACCACAUCUUUAUAGGCAUACGAUUCAGAGGUGCAAAGAAUACAAUGAGCUCAUUGUGCUUACUGUUUAUUGAUUAUAAAAAGCAUUUGAUUUAGUACAGGAAAAUGCCACUUUUUUAAAAGCAAGGAAAAAACCAACUGGAUCAAGAAUGAUUGUACAGAUGGAUGGAUAGGACAUAGAAUUGGGACAGACACUGUAAAUGGACCACGAGUCUGGUCUGUGGUUGAACAAGAGCAAAGCAGGCUACAUUGUAUUUGAGAAAUACAAGAUGCUUUUUUCAACGACCCCAGGCCUCUCGAUGAAACCAAAGGCCCAUUCUUUAAAAUAGUAUUCCCCUGAGCAAUUAUGACCAAUUUCUGAAGAAUCAGAAGCUGAGAAUCCCUGAAAGGGUAAUGAAGAGAGACACAGUAAACAUAAGCAAGCAGCAACACAUCAACAAAUGAAUUGUGCACAGCAAUGUAACAGAUGUCAUUGGACAAAUACAUGGCUAGGAAAAAAAUAGGCCUGUCAUGUAGCAAGAACAGACAGUAGAUGACAUUGUCAAGCUGAAGGCCCACAGGGGAAAAAAAAUAGGCCAGUUGCAUAGAACAUGCAGGCAUGGAUAAGUUGAGAUUGUUGUAAGAGAGCAAUCACACUGAUGAGAUCAUAGAUCCAUCCAAGUAAAUGGUAAAGUGCUACGCUGGACUUUUUAUCAUUUGCACAGAUUGGGGAAGGUGAGGCUACACACUAGUUCAUGUGAAAAAAAUACCUGGAGAUUUCAUUGACUGCAAGCCUAAUUUGAAUAAGCAGUAUGAUGUGGAAACCUGAACAAAAACCUAAUGCACUCAAUUGAGUUAAUAAGAAUAUGGUAUCCAGAGUAAGGGAGAUAAUUAUCCUGUCUUCAUGCUCUGCUAAGUCCAUACUUUCAGUUUUUGGGUCUAGACACCAAAUUUUAGAAGGAUACUGACAAUCUGGUGUAUCCAAAAGAGAGAAAUCAGGAUUGUGAGAGAACUAAAUAAUGCAGGAGAUUGUUACUAGAGAUGUUUAUUAGCAUGGGAAAGAUGGGAAAGAGAAGACUUGGGGGAAGAGGGUUAGAGCUGAUAGUUUAAAAUAUGUGAAAGGACUGCCAUGUGGAAAAGGGAAUAAAUUGGUUUUUGUUUGGUCCCAAGAAGCAGUGUUAUGUAGAGGAACAACCAGUGUUUGAAGAAAGAAUUCAAUCCAAAGCCUACUAAGCCAAUCUGCUUCAAAGAAAGCAUAUUUUCCAUCACUGGAGGCCUGCAGUCAAGCCAGCUGAGCUGGGGUGUUUUAAAAGGAGAUCUUCCAAUUCAAAUGAGGGGAGGGAAUAUUCUUUAAAGUAAGCAUUCUUACUUUGAGUCAUUCGGCCUCUAAGCAGUGCUAUGAAGGUUAUUCAUUUUAAAAUCUUAGUUUGAAGGAUAGUAUCUCUCUAGGUUCUUUACUGUGGUGAAAGGCAAAUGAUUGCCACUUAGAUGUUCUGUUUCAUUACUUGGCAUUUCUUGUGAGAAAGAUGAUCCCAUAUCCUCCCUGUGUUAUUAGAAUGAAGAAAAUAAUUAAACUAAUUUAUUAAAUAAACUAAUAAACUUGAGUUGACAUGUAAAUUGAUGAACUGAUGUGUUAGAAGAGAUUUUAUUGAGAAUUAGUAAAGAUGUUUAACCCUUUUCUGAGGAAACAACCAGUGAAGUGGAUAUGCUUAAGCCCUCCUUGCUGAUUUCCUAUUUCUUUACCUCUUCUGAAAAGGUUAAAACAGACUGAAUGGCAGGGAAAUAUAGAUGCCAGUGGCAUAGUGCAAUGAAGGAUGUCACACAGUGAAAUAAUUUUAAAAGGGUCCUUAGGUAGCUCAUAGUAAGUACGAGCAGCACAAGGAAAGGUGGUUCUAAUAUGGAAACAAUGCCCUUGAAUAACAGUUUGAACUUAAUAUUGAAAAGAAACUGAAAUUUAGGUUACCUUUUGUUACAGAUGAGAUUUCUAAUAUAAUGUUAUCACAGGUACCUGAGUAUGUAGUUUUAACAUAUUGAUAGGUUGUUUUAUAUACAAAAAUCUGUAAACCUGCAUUCCCUCUUUUACAUCCCCAAGAAAAACAGCCUGUGUACAAAUAUUUUGUAUAUUUGAGUAUUUCCAUCCAUAUUUAAGUCAAUGCCUCUGCUUCUCUGGCUGUUGGUUUUUGUUUUUCAGCUUGUAUUGAGCGAUACAAAAACUCUUUGAUAGCGUAUACUGUCAAUGCUUGAUUUGGGCAGGGACCUUAAAAGGGCAAAAGUGCCUAAGGAACACUUUAGUCCCAAGAAAAAAAAAAUUAAGAACAUGAGUGAAGAGACUUUACAAAUCAUUUAGUCAAGCUGAUACAGAAGAUAAGUAGGAAUUUAAUUAAAUUAUACAGCUGAUAUUAACAGUACAGCAAACAUAGUAAGGAAAUCUGACUAGGUGAUGUAACAAAUGGACACAUUUUUGAGAAUGGAAAUUUUUAACUCAAGGGCUUUUUCAUGUCCAUCUACCUGACUUAACAGGUUAAGAUAGCUAUGAGAGAGGGCACAGAUCUGCAGCAAAACUGAUCCAAGUAAAUAAUCCAGUAUUGAUAUAAUUGGCACAUAUUUCAUAGUGAUAUGGAAGUGACUGUGUUCUUAAAGUCAAAACAAAGGAAACAUAAGGCUGUGACAAGUCCUGUCAAAUUGGAAAAGUUUUGCGUAUGGCCCAUUGAUGUUUGCUGUCCAAGGACCAGCCUAAGUUCGGAGACUUUAAUCACCAGAGGCUGCCAAUUUUUUUUUUCUGCAACAGGAAACUUGAGACAGUAAGACAUACCAGUGGUAACAUACCAAUGAAUCCUUGGAAUAUUUUAGUAAUUUUUGUAAAAAUAAAGCCCCUCAGAUAAGGAAGUUGUGUUCCCCGGUUCCAAUUUAAUGUCUGUAGCAGGCUAGUUAAUGAGUUCUAAUUUCACUCAUCACAAAACUAAAGAGUGACUGAUUAAAACCUAUUGCAGGGAAGCCUUCUACAAAACUCAGAUCCUAAGAAAAAAAAUGAUUGCCACAGUUUGGGGGUAGGUCAAAAGGUAGAGAGGUCUGCCUGAUUUUUUUCCUUUGUUCAGAGGGUUUUUUGAUGUGAUCAGGAAGCUUCCAAGCGGCCUAGAAGAGACAUCUACUCAACCCAUCAGACUAGCAAUGUCUAAGACAAUAAGCUGUGCUGAUGAAGUGCCCAGAUUAAUUUGACUAUUUUGAGAAUUAAAUUUUAGCUUUUAAAAAUGUAGUGAAAUCUUUAUUUAGUCUUCAUUUUUGCAAACAAACUUCAAAUUGCUUAUGAAUAAAUACAAUGUAUUUGGAACAAA